UGACACUAGCAUCGACCACUCAUUCAUCCAUCACAAAUCCCUGCUAUUGAUUUUAUAUCUUGAGAAAAUGCUCAUGCGCAAGAACAACAAAAAUGGCGUUCGAYCGACCGCCGUAUUUCUAGUGAUGUUUCUAUUUUCACUGACUUCGGUAGUAACGAGUCGMGCUCAUUCAUCGUUCUCGACGUCAUUCGAAACAGCAUCAUCUCCCUUUAACACCAAUGGAAAGACGUAUUUCCUGCACGACAAAGAUACUGCUAGGCGCCCACUCGAAGGAAAUSUCGYGAGAGAGUUGGCGCUGUUGUCAACAACCUACGGCAUCGAUGAAUCGUGGAAGCUUGUCCCAAGAGGAGGCUGGCUCAUACCCGCUGGUUACAAUCCAUUCGGGUAUCAGAUCACAGAACUUGGUCAGAAGUUUUUGGAAUUCGAUGGUUCGCUGGAUUCCGACAUUGGGCGUUUCCUGGCCUCGGUCAAAAGCCGCAAACGAUUCGAAGCCAUCAAAUCGCAGUGGCUGGAGAUUCUUCGAGUAUCGAAGAAGGGACAGUCCAUGAGGAUCUAUAAGUCACUCGAAGAGUUGAUCAGUUUUUGUCUCAAAGCAGGAUUUUUGGACUAAUGGAAUGAAGUAAUGAUCACACAAAUACAUUUAACUAUAGUAG